AUGAUUCAUGAUACUGCUGUUAAUAAUUCUAAAGAAUCAGGAAUAACUACAGAAACCUCAAUUCCUCAUGAAAACCGACCUGGUAACAAUUCUUUACGAUCAUAUCGUAGCGGAGAUUUCUCUAGAAAAAUGAAACGAAAAGCAUCUCAGAUCAGUCAUCAUAAAGCUAAAUGUGAAAUAAGAAACGCACCAUGGACGCCCGGUGAUGAUUAUUUAUUGAUAAAUUCCGUUGUCAUGGUAUGUAACCUUACAGAAGUGUAUCACACUGUAAGAUUCGCUGUUCAUUUUACGGAGAAAGAAGUUGAACGUCGUUGGCGUGAUUUAUUAUUCGAUCCAAUCGUAUCUAGCACUGCGUUGAAAGCAAUCGAGCAACUUCCUUCGUUUAUGAAAUCCCAAUUAGAUAGACAAAUACCAUUCAGUUCACAAGAGGAUAAUGUUAUAGCUCAAAUUUCUUUCUCCGAUGUCUAUCCAGACGGUGUGUUCAAAUCGCUUAAUAUACAUAGUUUGAAUCCCUCCAUAUUUACAGAAAUUUUGCGCAAAUAUCCUACAGUAUUCUAUCAUGGACGAGAUGAACUAGAUUUAUAUCGUCAGUGGUGUCGCUUUUACAAUUGUCAUUGCAUCAUUGUAAAAGAUGGUGUAAAGUUGAAGUCAACACCUAACGAUAACACCUCAUUAUCGACUUCAACAGAUGUCGAAACAACAGAUACAACGAAAAGAGCUAUAAAAAAUCGUGACAGUAUAUCUUUGCUGAAAAAUGUUAAUUAUUCUAAUUCCAUAGCAUUAGGUGGUGAUCCACAAAGUUUUUCUGAUGCAGAAUUAUUAUUACAGGAGACAGUAACGAAUGCAGUCGUUGCAGGAAUCCCUAAAUUAACCGAACCAUCGACAGUGUCACGUAGACAACAUAUGUUAAAUCAAACAUCAUAUCAUGGUUUCCAAGGUCUUGUUACACAAACAGUCUUGGAAGUACUACUUAAAGAAUAUUCUAGUCAAUUAAACGAUACAAUUGUACAUUCUAGUCUACAGCAUCACUCUUCUCCGACUUCUGCCGCUUCUUCAUCUUCAACAACAGCAACAACAACAACGUCUACUACACGUGGAGCAACAGCAACAGGUCUAGAGUUGAAAUCGUCAAUUGGCCAUGAUCAGAGUCACUCCCUACUAAUACAAGAAACAAGUAAUAAAUCACAUUUAUUGUCUUUUAUAAGUUCAUCAUCUGUACCGCCAUUACUAAGUAAUCAAGAAUUUGAUUUUAAACGUCGAUUAGAAUUACAUCGACGUCGCGGACGUUUGUGGGCACGUUUACGUCGAAAUAAAGAAGAGGCUAGACGUUGGACACGUCUAGUUGAAAUGUUUGUAUCUAAUGGUCUAGAAAUAAUGGAUCCGCAACCAAUUUAUCCAGCAUUAGCAUCUCUUACGGGAUCAAGAACACAAUUUCUGAUAAAAGAAAAAAAGGUCAUAUUUGGUCGUAAUUCAUUCGUUUAUCAACCGCAUAUCGAUUUAUCAAUGGAAGGUAUUGACAGUGGUCGUAUAUCACGUUGUCAUGGUCAAAUACGCUUAAGUAAAGAUGGUAUAUUUUGGUUAACUAAUUUUUCAUCUCAUACUGUUUAUGUUGAUGGUAACCCGAUACUAACAGACGAAGAAGUUGAGCUGAAGGAUUUCGCGACAAUUUUAAUUGAUCAUAUCACAUUGAGAUUUGAUGUGAAUCAUGAUUACGUGAAUUGGAUAUGUAGUAAUGAUAGUACUACUGCCACCACUACUAAUAGUAUAGAUGUUUAUAGUUGUGGUAAUGAUAAUAGUGAUACGAGGCAUUCUAUUAACAAUAAUCAUUAUGACAGCGACAAAACUCUGAUAAUAACAUAG